CGAUCAUGGUGGGACAGAAACUGUUCAAAACGAGGAUAUGCGUACUGUAUAGAAAGGGUCAAUGCCAUCGUCAGAGCUGCUCCUUUGCCCAUGGCGAUGCCGAGCUCCGUCGCUACAAUACUUCUUCGUCCUCCUUCAAUGUAGGCCCAUGCUUGCAUUUUGGUUGUUUCCCAAGUGGCCAUUUGAUCCUUGAUAUGUCUUAGAGCUUCUACAACUCUCUUUGAGCUCUUUAGGCUGCAGUUUCAACUUCUCUUAAAUCUAGCUUAAGUCAACAGGUUGCAGCAGAUAAUGCUUUUAUGAGUAUAUGUAUAACAGCAAACAUCCAACAUAUCUUUGAUUGACUGGAGAUAUGUCAUCAAGUUUUUCUGUUGGGACUCAUAACUGUAUCAGCAGUUUCUUAUCCCAUUAUCAAUUAUCAAGACAUCAUCCAACAGGCAUAUCAUGUUUUCAUCAGAGGGGGUUGUGCUGGUUGGUUUUUCUUAUUGCUGCUUAUGGUAUUAUUCUCGGGAACUUCAUCUUCAUGGGCAUUCACUCUAUCUUCCAUAACUUGCACGUCAUCAGAUGGAUUUUUUUCAUACAUUCAAACACUUUUCUGUUAAGUUCUCGCAUUCAGGAUGGAGUCUCUGCUAUUUUCUCUUCUUGACUCCUUCACUUCAUGAAAUAUCAUACAGCCAAGGAGAAUAUCAGACAUAUUGUAAUAUUAUAUUCAUAUUGUUCAAGAAGAGAAAAUCUAUCAUCUUCUUAUCCGUUCCACGGCAUGUGAAAGUAUUCUCAAUAUUAUACCUCAAAAUUAGGAUAUAUUACAUAUCCACUUCUUUCCGUUUUAUAUGAGAGGUGUAGUUUCUAUGGACUGGCCCCUUUGGAAGUCGAUUGAAGGGAGGCAGGACUAUAGAGGUGCUGAUUUAAGAGAUAAGAUUGGCAGACAUCGCUCCCCACCUCAUAGAAACUCUCUUGACAGAGAUGCAAGAGACAGAAUCCCAUCUCAAGGACAUAGUUCUCCAAGAUUUGGGAAAAAGAGUGAAUGGAGUCAUAGAAAGAGACAUCACUUUGAUGGUGAAAGUGAAUAUUCCGGAAGCUUUAAAUUAUCAGAUGGGGGUGAGCAAGGCAGAGAAACAAAAGCCUCAUCUACAGAGAUUAAGGAUGAUCAGUUGAAGCAUGUGCAAUCUGAAAUAGAUAUGCUAGAAGAUCACAAGGAGCAACUGCAGAUCUAUUUGGAAGAAAGGAUCCAAGAAGAAGAUAGUUUAAAUUCCAAAAUUAAAGAGCUUGAUAUGCAAUUGUCCAUAGAGAAAGAGGAAUGCAGAAGAAUUUCCUCCAAAAUUAGGAAAUUUGUGAAGGCGAAUCAUCGCCACUCAAAGAUACAAGAUGAACUGAAGAGAUCAGAAGCUCGUCUUGAAAGACUUGGGGAUCAGCUUGGUUUUGAUGCUAGAGCUGCUGCUAAUGAAGAGGAUAUUAGCAUUAAUAUAUUAUUAAGUGAUGAAGAGACUUUAGGAAAUGUCUUAAUGAGCCCCAAAUAUGAUAAGGAUGAGAUGUUAGUGAAGGAUUCCUAUUCCCCUAGCAAGAAAAGGAUGAGGGUUCACAUGGUAGAUGCUGAUGAAAAAUCAAAACAAGGAGAAUGGGUUGGUGGUAGAAAUAUGAGAUUUGAAAGGCAUUCUAGAUGGGACCCGGACCCACAUCUUGGUCAAAAGAAAAACGAUGAAAUAAGGAAUGUUAGGCCUUUUGUUAAUAACUAUGACAAACCUACAAGAAGAAAGAACACAUUCACCAGCUUUCCCUUGGGAGAUAAUAAGUUUAAGGAAGCAAAAUCCACUACUAGAAUGGCAACAACUUUUGUGGAUGAAGUUGAUGAAGAGUUGCCACUUCCACCUCCACCUCCGCUUCCUCUUCCUCUUCCAAUUGCACAGAAACAGAGUGCUUACUUACAACAGUACAAGGGGGGAAAAGAUGAUGAUGAGAAUAAUGUGGAUGUGGUUGAUGACGAUGAGAUGCUGGAUGUGGAUAUUGUUUGACUACUUAUUCAUGCAUUUUUAACUGUAAGAAAAAUGUGAUUAUGAUUAGAGGAUUGAUGAUGAUGUUCCAAAGUUCUGUAAAUACUACUUAAGUUUUGCAUUGCACCUUUAGGUAUUGGAUAACUGGAAUCAGUUUAGAAUUGUGGUAAAACUUUAUGUCUAGUCGUCUAUUCAUUCAAGUCCAUUUAUCAAGUUCUGACCUCA